CUUGAGCUGUUUGCUAUUUUGCCAUCCGAAAUUGUGCAUUUUUUAGUUUUUAGUUGAUAUAUUUUGUGAAAAGUUUUUAGAUUCAGAUCUGUUUGGAUGGACCAAAGUUGAGUGCUACCCUGUAGCACUUAUACCCCUACUAAAGUUUUUAAGUCUUGUUUAAGCUUUAGUCUACUCCAUUAGCACUUCUGUUGGGCUAAUGCUAAAAUUUAGUACUAUUGGCAUUAGCAUUUGGACCCAAACACCCCUUAGUUACUUUAAGUUGUAGCUGCCUGGACAUCAUUUUGUGGCUUUGUAAGUAGGACAGAUUGAUUGAACCCUCCACCCCAGUAAGAAUUUCUCCCUCUGUUUACGAAUCAGUCCACAAUAACUUAAUAUUGGACAUUAUAAACCAUUUCCAUCUGUCUAGGUCGUAAUUACUGAUAACUUGCUAAACCCCAAUCUGACCUAAGAAUUUUAAUGGAGCAUAUCAUAAGCAUCUUGUACUGAAAGUAGUUUUAGAAAAUUACCAUAAUUUAUGUCAAAUAAACUUACGAAGUUGGCACUCUGUAUUUUUUGUCAAGAAAACUAAAAUUGCCAGUGUGUACAGAGGAGCGUUUAUUCGCACAUCCCACCAUCUGAGGCUCAACUCCUAUCUUCUUCUUUUUUUUGUUUACUCAUGUACCUUAUUCCCAACACGACUAAUAGCAAGAAGCUGCAGUUGCCUUGUUGAGUAGUAUACGGCUUAAUUCACCGUCUUUGCCAAUUACAAGGGACCUCCGGCCGGAACUUCUGGGCCUUGCUCUCAAGCGAGUCCCCUCUCUCGCUGACCGUGUUCGAGUGCGAGCAGUGUGCCGGUCAUGGCGCAACAAUGCUCAACUACAACUCCUGCCUCCACCGCUUCCAUGGCUGUCCCUCCUUGAUGGCACAUUCCUCAGCUUUCCGAGUGGUGAAAUUCACCGUAUGCUAUUACCAGGUGAUGCUCGUUACCAUGGAUCCUUCGACAACUGGCUCUUCCUCGUGCACAGUGAUGGCGAGUGCUCGUUGAUGAACCCUUUCUCCAAGACUGUGCUGCAGCUUCCUAAGCUGGCCACUAUCUGGCCCUAUGAAAUGGGGAACCCUGCAGAACACCCAGUUUUGUUCAAGUUUGUUGGGCCAUCAUCCCUGGACAUGUCACCGGAUUCCCUGCUAGCAGCAAUGAUCGUGGACGGUUCUCUUCGCAGCGGGAUCCGCAUCUGCAAGCCCCCGGUUGCCACUGACAAACUGAGGAAGAACAAUCGUGACCACAUCUACGACGUCGCGUUCUUUGACGGGAAGCUGUACUCCCUCAUCUCCGGGAUGCUCAUCGUCCUUGAGAUCGUCGAGAGGCACAAACACCAGCCCAAGAUCUCGUCCAUCAAAUGCGUGUCUGACAACAUUUGCAACUUAGCCAUUGCUGAUUCAUAUGAUGAUGCGAGGUACUUCUGCCCCUCUUGGGAGUACCUGGUUGAAUCUGCCGGCAGACUGCUGCUCGUUGUCCGGAGGGUUGGCAUCCUGCUCCCUCUGCCAGAGCGCAACUCGUUUCAUCAUGGGCGGACUCUCUCGUUUGAGGUGUUCUAGGUCGACCUGACCAGCAGCAGCUCCUGCCGCCAAUGGAGGAGAGUCAGCUCUUUGGCAGGCCAGGCGCUGUUCAUCGGCACAUACUCCAAGUCUGUCCCUGCAGCGGAAUGUGCAGGUGGUUUGCCUCAGGAGGACUGCAUCUACUUCACCUGCGACUACGCCAGAACCUGCCGAGGCCCUCCUCCGGAUCCCCUCCGAGACUGCGGUGUGUUCGACAUGAGAACUCGGAUGGUCACGCCGCUGCUGCCGGAGACCACAGUGGUGCGGCGUGUUGCCCAGGGGUGCCCGACUUGGUUUUUCCCUUCCGGAGCUGUGUGAUCCGGAUUCCAUAUGCUCGGCUUUAUGGUGAGCCGUAGCAUGCUUUGGCUUUGUUGUUUCAGGAUUCUCGUGUGUGUGUGUGUGUACUUCUAGCUUGAAGCCUUGCUUGGACUGCUUAAGUUUAUUUCGUUGGUUAUGGUUAUGGUAGUCACCUUAAGUAAGUUAUUGUAGUAUUUUGUUGUUCAUUCAGACUAAAUUUCAACAAGCAUGUUUCAGUAGCUCUAUAUUAAGUUUAUCUCUCUUUCUC